AUGGAGUGGCCUGUCCGUUUUCAUCGACUGCCUGGCGCUUUGCGGUUGACGGAUACCGUUCUUCAGUUCCUGCCUCUGGAUCGCGAUGCAACCGUUCGCAUCAUACCGCUGAGUCGGGUGAAGCAGGUUCUGGUAUCGGCCCCGGGAAGCCGCGUACACCUUCUAAAACUACAACUGGAGGAUGCAACCUCCGCAGUUUUCGAGUUUGGCGGGGACCAGCGGUCCCGUGACCAGGCACGUGAGGCGAUCGCUCGUGGGCUUCGGCGUCGUGGGGAGGUGGUGGCGGCGGCGGCGGCUGCAAGGCCCGUGGACGACCACGAUCCGCUCUAUCGGGAGCUGGUCGAGUCCGGUCUUGUUCCUGAGGAUGUUUAUCGCCUGUAUGCGCCGUAUCGGGAGGCAGCAAGCUGGCAGGCGAGGCUUUUCCAGGGUGGCACGCUUGUUGAGGCACCCGCGCAACGUGCCGGUCUACCGUCGGCACUCUUAUCGGAACUUCGACCCGCCGAGGAGAGCGGGCGCCGUGUCAAGUAUCGCUUUGAUCCGGCAACUAUUCAUCAGAUCUUUGUAGAGGAACCUGCGGUUCAGCGCGCCUACGAGGAUACAGUGGCUCGUGGCGUCCUUGAUGAGAAAAGCUUCUGGAAAAAGUAUGUUGAAAUGCGGACGGCGUUGUCGGCAUCUGCAAAUGGAGUCAGGCCCAGUGAUGCCCACGCUGCCGCACGUGCCUUUUUUGCCAAAUACGAACAGCAUACUCGAGAUCAUUCAAGCCGGAGCGAUCAUGAGAACGAGGCUGCGGGAGCUUCGCAGAGCGCGCUCCCUCUCGACGUGGACCUUCGCCGCAACGAAUACGCCUCGCAGGAGCAUCGUGAGGAGCACCUCGCUGAUGCCCUCGAGCUCCUCCAUCGUUUCAACCGUCAUGGUCAACUGGUAAUGGAUGCGAGCCACUUUCGACCGGAAGAGCAGGAGUGGUUGAAACGUUCUUCCCUGAUUCUCGAAGAGCUGGUGGAAUCGCCUGCCUCCGAUUCCAGCGAUGACAACGUUGAGCUCGACGGCCGCGCCUGCGACGCAACAGUGCUCGCCGCUGGCCUGCUUCCCGCUCCAUUUCAAAUAGAGCGGGUCGCUGGUGAAGCCUAUCGUGCAGCACUUUGUGCGCUCUCCGAUGCAAAUCUGUGCUAG